AUGGCCGCACCGCCCGUCAAAUCUGUCGCCGUCAUAGGCUCCGGCAUUUCAGGCCUAACAGCAGCAUACUACGCACGCCGCCACCUCCCCCACUCAACUCCACUUACAAUCUACGAAUCCCACCCAACCCACCUUGGCGGAUGGCUGCAAACCACACACCAUUCCGUCGAGGACAAGCGUGUUAUAUUUGAGCAUGGUCCACGCUCGCUAAGGCCUGUGGGGUUGAGUGGGUUGUGUACCUUCGAUUUGAUCCGUGAACUUGGGUUGGAAAAAGAGUUGAUCCUCGUUCCAAAGACGCAUCCGAGUGCGAAGAAUCGAUAUGUGUACUACAAAGGAGGGUUGAACAAGCUUCCAUCAGCGUUACUGGAUCUUCCUAAAGCUGCGGCGACGGUACCGAUUCUUAGGGGUCUUGUAUCGAGUGUUGCGCAUGAGCCGUUCGCGGCAAAGAGACCAGAGGGACUGGAGGAUGAGUCCAUUGGGGCGUUUGUGAGGCGGAGAUUUGGCGUGAGGGGUGUUGGGGUCGAUACACUCCUCAGCGCCAUCGUGCACGGGAUCUACGCAGCUGACUUGGAUACGUUGUCUGUUCGCUCCACGUUUCCGAUUUUGUGGGAUUUGGAGACAUAUCAUGGAUCGGUGGUAAAAGGAAUGCUUGGAGGUGCGAAACGGAUACCGAAGGAUGAGAGGGAGGUCAAGCAGGAAACAGAGCUGAAGGAGAAGAAUAAGGAGUUGGUGGAAAUGAUGAAUGGGAUGUCCGUAUAUUCUUUCAAGGACGGACUCGCGACUCUCACUGAGCGCUUACGCACCUCACUCUCGAACGACAACGUCACCUUCAAGUUCGGAACGCCGGUAACAGAUCUCUCCAUCUCCCCAUCCUCCGUGACCAUCACCGCCGGCAGCGAUAACGCGUCCUUCUCGCAUGUCAUCGCGAACGUCGCACCCAAAACCCUCGCCUCCAUUUCUCCCUCCCUCCCUCUCCCUACACCACCCAGCACCUCCUCCUCAACAGUCCUCCUCGUUAACCUUUUCUUCCCACCCUCCGCCGCACCACAUGUCCCCGCCGGUUUCGGAUAUUUGAUCCCUAAAACUGUUGGGUUGGAUGAAAAUCCGCAUCGAGCACUCGGGAUUGUGUUUGAUUCGCAUGGUGUACCAGGACAGGAUUCGGCUGAGGGGGUUAAGUUAACGGUUAUGUUGGGUGGGCAUUGGUGGUCGGCACUCUCGCCCUCUGAGCUUGCAGAACGAGAAGAACAAGGUGUUGAGUUAGCACUUGGUACUGUACGCCGUCAUUUAGGUAUCAUCACGAAGCCGAUCCUGGCUGAGGCCCAUUUACAGAGGGAGUGUAUCCCGCAAUAUGGAGUUGGGCAUCGUGGGUUCUUGGGGAAGGCGAAGAGUGUGGUGGAGGGGUGGGGAGGAGGUAGGGUGAGCGUUGUGGGUGCUGGAUGGGGUGGAGUCAGUGUUAAUGAUUGUGUCAGGGGAGGCAGGGACGUUGGAAUUGGGUUGGAAAGAGGAGUUACCGGGUUGGAGAGGUGGGGGCGGUGA